AUGAACCUGGAAGUGGCAAACGCGAGUGAUGCGCUUAACUGCAGUACGCAGUUUACUUCAUUCGAGGGCGAUGUAGAGACCUGCAGAAACUAUUACCACGGAUUUGAAUACGAAUUCGUGCAUAGAAUUCUAGUGGUGGUAGUACCAUUCUUCGGGAUAAUUGGAAUUCUCGGUCUGGUCGGGAAUUUGCUGGUGGUCGUGGUGGUGGCGGCGAAUCCUGGAAUGAGGUCGACCACGAACAUCCUAAUCAUCAACCUCGCCAUAGCUGAUCUGCUAUUCGUUAUGUUUUGUAUACCGUUCACUGCUACCGACUUCGUGCUACCAUACUGGCCGUUUGGCAACGUCUGGUGCAAGAUCGUUCAGUAUAUGAUUAUUGUCACGGCUUAUGCUAGCGUUUACACCCUGGUACUGAUGAGUCUCGACAGGUAUGUCAAGAUCAUUUUUUACGGUAUCGAGUUCUGA